AUGUGGUCAGCUGAUGAAAUUGCUGAGCUAUGUUACCUGCAUUAUAGGACCAGACUCCCUAAGCAGGGGAAACCAGAUCCAAACAGGGAAUGGACUUCACUGGCAGCCGUUGUCAAAGUGGAGUCUGCAGCCCAAAGAGAGGUUCUUGCUAGUCCAGGGAAUGUACAGGUAAGAAAAGAAGUUGUUGCCAUGGGAACUGGAACAAAAUGUAUUGGGCAAAACAAAAUGAGAAAAACUGGAGACAUUCUGAAUGACAGUCAUGCUGAAAUUGUGGCCAAGAGAAGCUUCCAGAGGUAUCUUCUCCAUCAGAUGUGGCUGGCAGCUUCCCAUCAGCAAUGCAGUAUCUUUAUUCCAGGAACUGAAACUGGGAAAUGGAAACUCAAACCAAAUAUCUUAUUCGUUUUCUUCACCAGUCAUACCCCAUGCGGAGAUGCUUCUAUUAUUCCAAUUAGUGAACCAGAGAACCAGUUUUCUAAGUCAGUGACUGAAAAUGUUGCAGCUGGACAAUCAACAGAGUGUAGAAGUAACCAUGAUCAUUUGGGUCCAGAAGAUAAAAGGAAAUCAGAGAAAGUGGCAAGUAACCAUAUAAUCAAGAGAAUGAGAACUGAUGAUGAUGGUUAUUUUUCCGUAAUCACUGAAGACCUGGCUGUUCAGCAAGGAUCUGUGAAAUGGGAAGGGAGCACAAAUCCAAAGAGCUUUGAAUGUUCUGCAGAAAUUCAAACAGCAAAUAAGGAGACUGGCUUAGGGAGACCGAAGGUAGUAGAUAUUUAUAGAACCGGAGCAAAAUGUCUACCUGGAGAGCUGGGUGAUGCCCGAAUGCCUGGGCUGGAAUAUCACCGUGUGGGAUUGUUACGAAUGAAGCCAGGUCGUGGGGACAGAACAUGCUCCAUGUCCUGCAGUGAUAAACUGGCUCGCUGGAAUGUGUUAGGGUGUCAAGGAGCUCUUCUGAUGCAUUUCCUGCAGUAUCCAGUGUAUCUGUCAGCAAUUAUAGUGGGGAAGUGUCCAUAUAGCCAAGAAGCUAUGCGGAGAGCAAUUAUUGAAAG